UAGGUGCAGCAGCUGGUGGACCAACAACCACCAUGGUCACUACUACUAUUAUUUUUUCUACAAAUUUUGGUUGCUGUCACCUAGCACCAUUUAUUCAAAAAGGAGUUCACCCAACAUUGUUGACCUUUACAAAAUCUUUAUAUAGUUGUUCUAAGUUCAAUAAUCCAACUGUCUUCUCACUCGCUAUUAAAGCUCAAGCUUUGAAUAUUCACCUUUCAAAGCCAUUGAAUCAUCUUCAAGACUCAGUUUUUUUUCAUUCCAAUUCCAGUCAAGGUAUGCUCGGGAAAGUUUUAGUUGUCUUAUUCGUUGCAGGUCUAGCAUGGGCAUUCCCGGCCCUCCUACCUCCACCUCCCAGUAUCUGUGGCUCUCCUGGUGGUCCAAUAAUUACCGGACCUAGAAUCAAACUUAGGGAUGGAAGACAUCUGGCUUAUAAGGAGCAUGGUGUACCCAAAGAAAUGGCCAAAUAUAAGGUCGUAUAUGCUCAUAGCUUUGGCUCUACCAAAUAUGAGACAGCUGUUGCACCCUCGGAAACACUUCAAGAAUUAGGGGCGUACGUUGUCUCUUUUGAUAGACCUGGUUAUGGGGAAAGUGAUCCACAUCCAAAACGGACCCUACAGACUACAGCUUUGGAUAUGGAAGAGCUUGCUGAUCAAUUGGGACUCGGCCCUAAAUUUUAUGUUAUGGGGUUUUCCAUGGGUGGUCAUUCAGUUUGGGGUUGUCUUAAGUACAUCCCUAAUCGGUUAGCUGGAGCAGCUCUAGUUGCUCCCGUUGUCAAUUACUGGUGGCCUGGCUUUCCUGCUAAUUUAUCUGCAGAAGGAUACAAUCUACAGCUACCACAGGACCAAUGGGCACUUCGAGUUGCACAUUAUGCGCCUUGGCUAGUCUACUGGUGGAACACUCAGAAGUGGUUCCCUUACAAUAGUGUUAUAGCUGGAAAAUUCAAAAUGUCUCCCCCAGAUAUAGAAGUUGCUACUAGAUCUGCUAAGCAUGCAAGUGAAAUACAAAAACUUAAGGAAUAUGCGGUAAAACAAGGAGUAUUCGAGUCCCUCCACCGUGACAUGAUGGUGGGGUUCGGGAAAUGGGAUUUUGAUCCGUUGGAUCUUAAAAACCUUUUCCCAAAUGGUGAAGGCUCCGUCCACUUAUGGCAUGGUGACGAAGACUGGGUUGUGCCUGUUAUAUUACAGCGGUAUGUUGCAGAAAGACUUCCAUGGAUACGCUACCAUGAAAUACCCAAUGUGGGACAUCUUCUUAUGCAUGAUCCAGCCAUGAACGAGGUUAUCUGGAAGACAUUUUUGACAGGAGAGAUAGAACAGAUAUAGUGCAUUCUUAAAGGGGAACAAAGAGAUCAGAGGUUCCUUUUGAUAUUGGCAUAAUUCUAACGCACAAAUAUUAAUCAAAUAGUAUAAAGUUGCUUGGACUUAGUAUGAGAAUGUGAUUCUUUUUAAGGUGUUUCAUUUCCAACUUCGAUGUUUAAAUUGAAGAAGGACUGGAAUUUGAAGUGUGCUACAUUAGGACUAUGAGCAUAAACUCUCUUUUCUGCUUAUCUAUGAACAAAGCUCUAUUUCUUUGUUCCAGAAUUUGAUGUCCUGUUCUGCACU